AUGGCCCUCUUGUAUAAGUGGAGGUGGAGAAUUCUUCAAGACUCCAACUAUUUAUGGUAUAGUAUAUUGAAGGCCCGAUACAGAGAUGUUAAUCUUUGCGCCGCAAAUGGAAGAGGUAACUUGAAGUUUCUUAAGACUAAAUUGAUUUGGUGGUCGGAUUUAUCUUCUUUGGGGUCCAAGCUUCCGGAGGAGGUUUUUGCAUGGAAUUGUAAAUUCCGAGUAGGCGAUGGAUAUUCUACAUCUUUUUGGCAUUCGAGAUGGUUGGAAGAGGGGAUUCUUAUGGAAAUUUUUCCGAAUUUGUUUCACUCUUCUUUUUUGCAGGAUGUAUCAAUUGCUAGCAUGGGAGGAUGGAGGAAUAGCCAAUGGCUUUGGCUUGAUUUCGGGAUCCAGCUCGCGGCUGCCUUGGCCGCUGCAAAUGAUAUCCAGCGGCUUGGCGUGCUGCUGCCAGGGACUGUUUCAACAGCCGAUACAGACCAGGUUAAAUGGAGGCCGACGGAAGAUGGACUCUUUUCGGUUUUGUCUGAUUAUACCGCUCUGAGUAAAAGGAUUCCUACAAAAGACUUGUUGGCAACUAGAGGUAUUCUUCCCCUUUCUACCAAUCUCUUUUGUGUUUUUUGUAAUGAGAUAGCUGAAUCCUCUAGUCAUUCUCUUUUGUCUUGCCGUAAUGCGGUGGUGGUUUGGAAACAAAUGUCCGAAUGGUUAGGAUUAGAUUUCUCAAUGGCGGUUGAUUUUAAAGGUUCUUUUUCUUCUUGGAGAUCUUUAUGCCUUCGUAAGAAAAGCAAGAAGGGUAAGGCGGGGUGUGCGUGGUUAGCUAUUGUUUGGAGUCUUUGGCUUUGUAGGAACGGUAUCAUAUUUAACAAUACGGAAUGGAAUGAAACGGAUGUUAUAGGGGGUUGUAAAGCUUUAUUAUGGAGAUGGUCUUUCAUAGGGAAAAUUACUCAAUUCAACUGUAACUUUUACGAGUUUAGCAAAAAUCCUUUGCUAUACUUGAAUUAG